AUGGAGAACGCACAGAUUAACCUGCUGGACUAUCUGCGCGCGCGAACCCAGGUAGAUCUGGAUACCUUUGAUGUGCACGUGACCCGUGAGGUCGAGCAGUGUGUCGAUUGCACCUCCAAUCAACAGUAUGAGUACUACACCGAACUGGUCAAGCAGAGCAGACGAGAUGUCCUCAACCACGCCAUCGAGCUCGCGGCCAACAUGCACGAGCGGUUCCCCACCGUCCCGCGAGAGGAGCUGACUGUCGAGAUCGGGGCUAUCCUGCUCGCGAUGGAAGCUCGUCCUUUCGUGACGGGGAACAUGCAUCUCAUGGUCAAUCCGAAUUACGCGUACAACCAGCGCCAGACGGUGGACGCGGCAAAGAGACUGCAUCGUCUGUUCCAUGACCUGGACCCGUCCUUUGAUGCCUCCCGUCUGGUGCUGAAGAUUGCAGCCACAUGGGAGGGCCUCCAGGCGUGUCGGGAGCUGCGAUACUCGCGCAUUCAGACGCUCGCCACGACCCUCUUUACCAUGGAGCAGGCCAUACUGGCUGGAGAAGCCGGCUGCGUCUCGAUCUCGCCCUUUGUGCACGAGCUCAAGGAGAUCUUUACGCCCAGCUACACGGGCUCCGAUCCGUUGCUGCCGCUCUGCGUCCAAGCCCAGCGGUGGUUCCAGCAGCAAUCCUGGCCCACGAAGGUCAAGGCGUGCGCCACCAUCGGGUUGAACGAGAUCUUGCAGCUGGCUGGUGUGGCCGCCUUGACUUUGGUCCCCGAUGACUUGAAACUGCUGCAGUCAAGCCACAAGCCUGCGGAUGAGGUACAGAGCUUGUCCUUGUUCUCAGACGCGUCCGCACUGCAAGAUCAACUCGUCUACCCGUCGUAUAUCGACGACGAAGCAGGGUAUCGCAUGGCCUUUGCUCGUGCGGAGGAAGGCCGUGCACAAUUGAAACUCGGGCAGGCAAUCAACAUCUUUUGUGAUUUCCAGACCAAGGCGGAGCAAUUGGUGCGGGAUGCGAGGAGGCGCGAUGUGUGA